CCUAAACCCUCAAGUAAUUUGACCAUAUCUCAAGUCAAAUUAAAUCAAUGCUUUUCCACUUGCAAACACUUGGGUUCUCUCACAAAUUGCAUAAUCGCCAUUGCCGGAUGUCUGAAACCUCCUUACGAGCUUUCCGAUUGGUGGUCGCCGGAAACUUACACCAGGUGUUGGAAAGUUUGAAACUUGGAUCAGAAAUCUUGUCGUUAAGAUGGAUCCACCAAUGUUUUCAGAUGUUAACCAUAUUCAACGAUGCUUUUGCGAAGCUGAUGGUGGAGAUUGAUUAUCCGGUGAGUGAAUGGGAACCUGGUUCGAUUGAUGAGUAUUUUGACUACAGUAUUAACUUGUUGGAGCUCCUUAAUUCCAUCAGUUCUUCUCUUUCUCAUCUUAAUCAACAUUGGGUUUUACUCUCUCAUGCUUUGAGAAUCAUGGAAACCUCCCCAGAUCUUGCUGUCGAACGUUUGAAAGAAAUCAAAUAUUCACAUGAUUCUAUCAAGGAGCUCACAAGAGCUAGAGCUGGAGCUGACGGACGCCAUGGAAAGGGAAAUGGAAAAGGAAGGAUCUUUCAUGAAGCUAUCUUGAUCUUGAAAACUACUGGAUUUUGGGUAUGUGGGGUUGUAUUAUCGGGUUUAAAGAGUGAUAAUAAGCCGAUGAUGGAGAUCAACGCAGAUUCUCCGUUGGUGGCUUUGGAUUUGAUCUUCAGGAAGAAGAUGAUGGAAGAAGGGGGAUUGGUGAAGGAAUUGGAAAGGGUGAAUGAAAUUGUGCGUUUGAUUACUUCAAGUGGAAGUGGAAAUGGGAAUGGAAAUGGCGAUUCCGAUGCUGCAAAGGAACUGAAGGCAGGAUUGGAGGUAUUUGGGAAUGGAUUGAAGGGUUUAAAGGAAGAAGAAGAAGGUCUAUUUGCAGAGAUUAUGGCUGCUAGGAAUGAAGUGCUUGAAACACUUAGAAGGAAUAAUAAUUAGUGGAAACUAAUCUCUGUUCUUAUUUUGUAUAAAUGUUAAAGUUCUUUAUUUAGAUUGUAAAUUGUUGUAAUGUUUUCAUUUCAUUAUUUGUUUAAACCAAGAUAUAGAACAUUAAUUUCAUGUGUAGAAACAACACGGUUUAUUUUAAGUUGGAUAUAUAUAUAAUAUACAACGUUUAUUUCGUAA